UGUGGUCCGUCAGACCAGGCCUUCAUCUGAAUUACGGUUUCUGUUGAAGAACAUGCAGCAGAGGUUGCUGUUGCUGCCAUUAAAAUAGCCAUCUGUUAUGAGCGCUGCAGUGAGAAGCACCUCUGAGUGUUUCAUAUAUGAGUGUCAAGUAUGUGCGAGCUGUUGACAGGCGUGAGACAGGAAAAGUUGGUUGGAAGGCAGAAAGCCCUUAAAUGGCGCCAAAACUGUUGCAAAAUAGAUGGAUGAUUUAUCAUGUUGCUCCAACAACAUUGGUCUAUAGUAGUUCACUGGCUGCAGUUGAGUUCACUGGUUUACUAGCAUCGGGAUUCACUGACUUUCAUGUGGUUCCGUGUUUCAGUAGCGUAACUUGGAUAGUCCAGUUGAUGCUUUUGGUGUCUGCGAGAUUAAACCUGGUUAGCAGUCUGAGUUAACAUAUUCAUAUACACUGAGGGUUUUCUUCGGAUGUGUGGGACUCACCUGCUUCCUGACUGACCUGCUUCUUGUCCGAGUCUCAAGUGCCUGUGUGUGAAUCCGAGCUCUACAAGUCAAAGCUCAGAUUACAGCUCGAGUGUGAGUCUAGUGUCGCGCCUAACUUCGUUCAUAUCGAUGUAAUGAUGAUGGUCACUGACUCUGCUCACAUUACUACCGACGGUCAAGUGUCGUUCACAUUACUCCUUCGUUGUACCUUCAACUAAUGAUGUCACUCACAUUUCCCAGUCAGCUAAUGACAUCACUCAUGUUGUGCCUUCAACCAAUGAUGUUCGUCUUGUGCCUUGGACUAAUGAUGUUGCUUUUGCUUAUAUACUGUACACUGGGGCUGGAACUAAUGACAGGUUUGAUAGUCGAUGAGUUAACAAGUCGGCAGCAUGGGUUGUGUACGAGUUUAUUAUAGUGUAAUAACUACUUUUUUUUAAUGUUGUGUAAUAACUAUUACUAUUUAUUUAUUGAAUGUCUAUUUGUAGUAUCAUUUGAGAAAGAAAUUGAUCAAUACAUUGUGGUAAACACUUGCUCAUGUGGUUUGAAAUGCACUUUUGGGAAAGGUUGCAUCUCAUCACCUCGGAUGUGUACAUUGUGAUGAUGGAAAGGGUUUAUGAAGACACUGGAUUUAACUCCUCCUUUGCUCCACUGUACAAUUGCACAUUGUAUUUUAUUCCCUGCUGGAAUCAUUUGUCACGUUUUUUUUUUUAAACAUUAAAGAUUAUUUUUGCCCAAAAUUAUUCUUUUUGAUUGUAGCUAAACCUGCUGCAAUUGUCACCAAAUUCUUGAAAAUGUAUCUGAAAAAAAUAAAUAAAUAAAAUGUUAAAAAUGUAUAUUCAGUUUGAGAAAAAUGGGCUGUAGGUUUCAUCAAAAGCAAGAAAAUACACAGAAAAAAAGGUUCAAAAUUAACAAAUGGUGAUGCAGUUUGAAGGAAAAGAAAGUACAGUAUUUUAUUUAAUUCACUAUUCACAAAUGAUAAUUAAAAUUGACCUCUAAAAAUGUGUAGAAACCCAAAAACAACAUUUAAAAUAUAACAGAGAGAAAAAAAAAAUCCACCAAAAAGUUAAUGGACGAAGGUUUGAUCGUCGAGUCUCUGACUAUCUUAACAAUUCGGCAGCAUGGGCCGCGUAUGAGUUAUUAUAGUGUAAUAACUAUUUUUUUAAAAUGUUGUAUAAUAACUAUUUAUGACAAUUUGUUAAUUGAUUGUCUAUUCGUAGUGUCAUUUGAGUAGAAAUGUAUCAAUACAUUGUCGUAAACACUUGCUCAUGUGGUUUGAAAUGUACUUGCAUCUUGCCAUUUCGGAUGUGUACAUUGUGAAAUGUUCCCACACUUUCGACGGUUUGGAUCACGAUGGUCCAGUAGUAUCGCGCAUGCGCAGCGAUGACGUCACAAUGUGUCAACGCAUGACGUUGAUGAUGUCACCCAAGUAGCAACGACAGUAACAAAGACACGUUUGACACACGUUGUGCGCAUACAUGAUGGUGGAUGGUUUAAAUUUAUGCAACAUAGCUCCUGCUUUGUCCCUAGUGAAUCUGUGGUCCCACAUCUACACAUGACGUGGCCCUGAAGCCUCAGACUCAACACCGCACUCCCGGUUAUACUUACUGGACGCAGACCUGGGCGAGUAGCGAGCUGACCAGCCGCUGGUGUUUAUCACAGAGAACCUUCUGGAACGAAGUCUUCAUCCAGUCCUCGAUGUUACACACCUGAACCCUGCUGGAGUGCCAGCACACUGACAGGUGGUGCAGAGAAGGUCCCAGAACAAAGUUGUCCCGCUUCAGCUCCGACGGAGAGCUGAACUUCAGGAGAGUCCACAAGCUCGGGUCCAGAAACACCUCGUGCAGCUGCGCGCAGGUCCGAGACAGACUCCUGCGGCUGUCCUUGUCCAGGAAGGAGAAGAGGUGGAGGAGGCACUCGCGGUUUAGCUGCUGCAGCUGCAUGGCCAGGCAGAGUGAGGAGAGGCCGGCAACAAUGAGCCGGCGGCCAGUAUCGUGUGGCCUAGAUACAUGAUGCCUCCGCGGGCUGCCGGCCUGCACAUAUAAGGCCGUGCAGCCCUGGCUAUUUUUGGGGAAGACAACUGCCGGUGCAAUCAAAGAUGCAAGUGUUGGAGUCUGCCUUUCCAUCUGUCGCGGCUGUCAACAGACGGCGAGCAGCUCGCAGGACUGUUUACGUUGACCUGCAAACACACUGACACUUCAGAUAUACUGCUGCCCAAAACCUCCGUCAGAGGUGGAGAGCGCCAGCAGUCUGCUAGCUUGGAGAUCUUCCGUCUCAUCAAAGGAAAAGUGCGACAUGCGAAGAGAAAUAUGGAGAGGCUGACCUCAAGCUAACCUGUUAGUGUUGGCUGAAAUAUAUCCCACUCACAUGAAAGGCCAAGUACAACAAGAUCUCCCUAAGCAAAUGUCUAACUCAUGGCCCGGGGGCCAAAAUUGGCCUGUGAAGUCAUUAAAUGUGGCCUGCUAGACCCAGUUCAGUGCGAGUUAAAAUCUGGAAACUAGAUCACAAUGGAGAUGGUUUUUAAGAAGAAAAAAAAUUGUGGUUAUGAGGCAGCAGGUGGUGAACUAGUAUUAAUUUAAAAGGCGACUGAUCCCGCCUUCUGUUUUGGACUUUUUUUUUAGCCCUCGACUUGAACUGUGCAUCAAUUUUUGGCCAAUGUGACCCACCUGUCCUAAACCUUUUGACGUGUGUUGCAACCGCAGUAACCUUUGAAGUACGUCCCACACUUGUAUCGGUAUGAGCUGCAGCAUGUCUGAAGUGUGGGGCCAGCAGAUCUAUGGAAGUAGAGGCUUGCUAGCAUUGUCAACCAAAAACUAAAUAUUGAAACAGAAAAGGCCUCAUGUGUCGCAGUGAAGGAGCUGUUCGGACAGAGCUGGUGGCGCCCGAGCGUAUCACAGUAGCCUAUCAUCGCAAAGACGCUUGUGAACGGCGGAUCAUUGAGUCAGGUGUUAACCUGGCUGCCCACGUUGUGUAACACAAUACUGCAUGAAAAGGGACUCAAUGGAGAGUGAUUCACGUCUGAAGCUGGCUGAGGUGAAGUGGUGAAUAGCAGAGGGCCGAGUCAUCACAGUUGUUCCACUUGUUAUCGUCGAGGGCCAGGAAAACAGUUGUGGAGCUGAUACAGCGUGUACCGUGACUCACCGCUGUGUGUCUUUUUCACUCACGGCAACGUGAGCUUGUUUUGAAUCGCUGCCGGCAGCGACGGCUCUGUGACGGGGAGGGGAAAAAAACAGUAAAAAGAGCCACUUGUGUCGUUAGUGUGAGCGACGGAGAACCGUCGACCACCUGCGAGCAGACGAGGGAGAGCAGCUGCUGCUCUGCAUACACAAGUGUUUGUUCCUGUCCACUGGCACAUGUCCUCAGGGUGUGUGUGUGUGUGUGUGUGUGUGCGUGCGUGUGAGGGUGGCUUCUCCGGUUCAUGGUUUAUUGGUGUUCUAUGGUAAUAUAUAACUGGACCCUAGGUGGAAUCCUCUUUGAAAGUGAGAAGCAUGAAGAGAUCCUGAAGGUGGCAGUAGAGAGCAAUGAAAACAAAAAAGCUUAUGUUGGAAUGCACUUGUUAUUGAAUUAUAACUUACUACAAGUAACAUCCGACUUACAACCUGCUCGACGUAGCAGCCCGGCAUGGCAAUUACGGCAGCACAGUAUCCCAGCAUUUCACUCUCACACAGCCAUCUACCACUACAGUAGCACCUAUAACCCUCGCGUCAGCCCUUUUGAAUGGCAUUCGAUUUACGUCCAAUCUGACUUUCGACCGGUUGGUCGAAACCGAUCCUGGAUGUUACUUGCACUUAAAAGUAGCGUUUUUUUGUACUCGAUGCGUCCCAUUUGUGACACGUCUGCGACAUGUUGAUUCUGAUACUCCCGCUAGGAAUUCCUUUUUGGAAUUCAACUGAGCGACAUUAUGUCUGCGGUGCGCAGGCUUUUAGCUCGGAGGGCGUCUGGGCGUCUGCAAAACAUGAAAAAAUGGACGCCUGAUUUUCGAUCGUAGCUUGACCAGCAGAUGCCACCAUAUACCGGCAUCAUCUCGCAGCCAAGCUACAAGCCUGGCGGUGGGUCCUGGGUCUGCCCAGGGCAUCCACCUUCCCAGAACACCUCACCAGGGAGCUUACUGAUUUAACUUCAGGCAGAGUCUCAGGCAUCUCCAUUAGCCAAAUGAUGGACCAAUCAGAAAGCUGUAUUUUUAAGAAAGACAUUCUGUUUACAUGUUCAAGGCUUCACUUUCUCUUCAUCAUUUGUGAGACAGAUGAGAGAAAUAAGCUCCUUAUUUGGGCACCACAAGCUGCUAAACCAAGCCACAAAUAUUGGACCAUUCAUUUCAAAGCUGAAUUUUAUAGUCGGAACACAAUGUACCAUGUGAAUGUUUUAGGACUGAAAACGGACAAGUGAGUCACGUGGCUUUAUGACUAAUAUCCAGUCCUUGAUUCAGCUUUUGUUUUCAGAACUGGACCACCACGAACAUUGACGCAGUAAAGCUGCGCUCAUGAGUGUUCUGGCGAGCUCAUGUGAACUGUGACGGAUGUUCCAGUGCUCGGCCGACGCCCGGCACACAUGGAAACUUCAGUGACUGAGUUCUGAACAUUUGUGACGAAAGAGCGCUGACACAAUCUGUCCGCAGAUAGUGAAGUACCCAAAAGCACUUGACAAGUAUUUCCUGCUCCAGUAGCUGCAGAUUUAGCCCUGAUAACGCCCAAUGACAAUUUGUGCUCAGGGUUUUGCUCGAAAAUGAAAACUGAUGAGGAUGAGUAGGGAGGGUGAUCGCGAUGGGUGAAGGUGGAGGAGCCUGGCUUACUCUCUGACAGGAAAUACCACAAGACAAAGAAGUAAAUCUGAAAAAAAAAAUAGUGCUGAGAAAUGUGUUUAAAGGAGCAACCUGUAUUGAGAGAACAGCCGCGCUUCAUUUUAGGAACGACAGAGUAUUCUUCAGAGAUUCUUAAGAGUCUUUGUAGCAGUAGAAAUACAAGACAAGACUUACAAAAAGGUCACUUCCAAAUCAUCUUUAAUAUCCGACACUUCACUUGACAAGUUUGAAAGGCAGUUGAGGUCAUUUUUAGAUUCGAUUUUAAAAAGAGUCAUGUAGAUUGUGGUCCAGAUUUCUCGUAAAAAAUCCUGACUCAUGGUCAAGGCCAAAGUUUUUCUUUUUACACUUCCAAACGAUCACUGUUGGAAUCUGAGACGUGCCUCUUCUGAGGAAAUGAAUCUAAAGGUGAUGUCUACGUGCACUUAAAAAAAGACAUCAGAAUGUGAGUCAGAAAAGAGUGAGGGGCUGCUCAGAGGUGGCAGACGCUUGUCGAACCAGAUCCUCCGUUUCAUCGUCUACGCCGUCCUGUGUAGCUGCUUCUUUCAAAUCCAUCGACUCUUGCGAUGUGUGAUCGGUCUCCGAAUCCAGGGGUUCGGUGACGGAGGCCUCGAUCUCGGAGCGUAAACUGUCCGUGAAGGUAGCUUCACCCGAGCUGGUGCUUUUCUCAGCCGGGUCGGCUUGCUCCACGUAGAAUAGGAUGUAGGCCUUGGCCUUGGUGACCGUGUCCUCGUUGGUCAGAGUCACCGUGCUGUCGUUGAAGUGAUACCAGCGACCCUCAUGGCUGCCGUAGGCCGUGUAGUGUCCUGAUCCAACCCUGUCAACACAAGAAUACCCAGUUUCAUAGCCAGAACAGGAGGACAACACCUCCUAGUGGUGAGGCAUAAAACUUCAGCUCAAAACAAUUCUGAAGCGGUUAAGGAAAUCGUUUAAUAACCCGUCACUAUGUGUUUUAAUGAGGACACGAAGGAAGACGAUCACAAUAGGGUGGGGAAUGACUUGCUGUGGUGACCUCUGACGGGAAAUGACCGAAGGAGGUCUCAUUUUUAUUUCCUUUGUAUGAAAAUAUGCGCCUCAUCAUUCAAUGCUGGGGUCUGAAAAAUGCCGCCACUUACCAGAAUAGUGAUCACGGGACAGGAAAAUGUGCUUUAUAUAACAGAUUCCAAUUGAAUGGGAGAUUGUAGGCUGAAAGAAUGGUGCAUUCACUGUUUGCAUCACUGUGGGAUUUUUCGACAGUGUUUUUAGCCUCUAAUAGUCUGCAGCAGAGGUUGAGUGUGGAGAUUUGCUUAGUGUCGGACCAGAGACAGAGUGUGAUGCUUGGUGAAUUCAUACUUUCUAGAAGCAACAGCGUUGAGGCAAGCGUGCUGGAGCUGUGUGCCGAGUCUUCACACCCCCAUUUGUCCGGCCGUCAUAUCGCUAAUACUGGACUGCAAACCUGCAAAGGUCAUCGACUUACCCUGAUCCAUGAUGGACUACGAUGGCAGCAAGGUCAUACAGGCAGCUGCGUGUCUGCGGUGUCUCCGGCUGCAAGGAUACAAACACCACAUGAGGAUGGUUUUAAUGGCCAUCUAUCAGUUGUCACUUGUGUGGCCCGAUACGUUGCAUGCUGUCGUUCCUUUGUUUAUGGCAUCUUGGUUGCCAUGGUGACAGUUUAUCCAUUUUUUUUUACAAUUUAUUUGUGGCAUCUUUGUUGUACGCAGUUACCAUGGUGAUCAGAGUCCCAUUGAUCAGGCGGCAUGGGUUUUAUUCACCAGCUUCAGUCCAUGUGACUCCGCAGUGAUCCAGCAGAUCAGCGCACGUCAUUGAACUCGUCUCUGCUCUCGUGCGCUGCACGUGCGCAUCUGCUUUCAACUUUCAUAUUUGUGGAGCUGAUGGUCUGAAUACAGGGAGCAGCAGAACUCUGACGCUAAUUGUGAUUGUGAGUUUUCUUUUUUUUAACUGGGAGGAAUAUCUUUGGAUCUCAUAUGAGCACAGCGCCCUCUGUCGUCGGUAAACACUUCCUGCAUUGGUUGAAAAACUAUAUAACAAUGCGAUGCUAUAGUCAUCUAUUGUAAUUUAUUCCAGUCAGUCUGAAAACACUCACCUCGAGGAGGUACCCCUUCAUGUCCAGGCCCUUCAGGGGAAACUGUACAUACGUGUCCACUUUAUUCCUUAAAAACGCCGUCCAGUGGAACCUCUUCAGGUGCAAACACAAAACCUGCGGUUGCAGACGAAAACAUUAGUCUCACUGCAACAACUUUCAGCUCAUCUCGCCCUACCUUCGGGAGCUCCUGGAUCCAAAACUUUUUGGUCGAUUUUUGUCUCUUUUUACACUUGUGGCAGUAGUACAGCUCUGUUUCGUCCAGUUCCUCCAGAUCAGUGAAGCUGCUCAAACAGUCUGAACCCCGCAAAGACAUCCAUGACUGUGCUUUAGAAAGUGACAGCUGGAACGUGUCUUAGCAGGAAAAGAGAUCUUACCGCGUAAAGUACAAGUGGGUCCUGGCUCCUGGUCCUUGCUUCUUUUCUGUCUGAACUGACUGGGAAUGUCCAAGGACAGAUCUGACAAAAGAAUUGCAUUGAGUUGCUUCAUCCUAUAGACGUUGGAGAGUACAGGGCACUAUAGAAAAAAUCUUGAGGAUAUAACGCACAAAAAAUGGUGCACUAGACACUUGAUACAGAAAAACGUUUGCUCAUCACUGUGGCACUUCCACCCUGAUGUUGAAAUUUAUGUGAAUGGUUUUGAUCAAAUGUACUUAUUGGACUACAGAACAAUAACAUUAAUUAGAAUUAAAUAACUCAAACUUUCUGUUAGCUUCAUAAUAACGUAAUAUGGAGCAGCAUUGUAUAGAGUAAAGCUAAGAGUAUAGUAAAGCAUAGAAUAGAGCAGUGCUGUACAGUUAAAGAAAUUGUGAUCUACAGUAAUUCAGUGGAGCGCAAUCUAAUAAGAACAGAAAGGCCAAAAGUCUCACCAAGAAAAGGGUCAAACUUGCGAGAUUCUGUCCCACAUAUUAAACAGUUGACUUCAUUCUGCAGAAUGCCUCCAAAAUUGGACGUGACGACACUGGUAGACCCGUUUCUGGAAUCAAAUAAUAAGCACACAAGUUCAGAUUAAUUGACUUCAACUGUUGACUGUCACGUGCCACAACAGCACCCUCUACUGUCAGCAGGAAUACAUGACUUUUAUCCAUCCAUCCUUAUCCGCUUAACUGUUGUCGAGGCGCAGGGGGCAUCAGCUUCAAAAGGUCGCGCCAAAUGCCCUUCUCCAGAGCAACAUCCACCAGCUCAGACUGGGGGAUCCUGAGACCCUCCCGGGCCAGUGAUGAGAUAUAAUCCCUCCACCUGGUCCUGGGUCGACCCCUCGGUCUCCUCCCAGCUGGCCGUGCCUGGAACACCUUGUCCAGGGGGCGUCUUCAUGAGAAACACGUUAACUGACUCUACUCAGAGUCUCUCCCGAGUGACUGAAUUCCUCUCCAUAUCUCGAGGAGAGACGCCCGUCGGAGAAAAGUCAUUUCAACCGCUUGUAUCCGGGAUCUGGUUCCUAUGGUCAUGACCCUCAGCUCAGACCAUGGAUUGGUAAAUAGAGAGCUUUGCCUUUUUGCUACAUGACUUUUAGUCAACGUAAAUUGUCAGUUCAUACAGCAGGAGUGAAACAUCCAUGUCUCAAGAUGUGUGGGUGUUAAGGUCCAAACUUCAGACUUACAUACAGCACUUGCCAUCUGCAGGGGCGACUCUGACUCCCUCCUGAGGUGCAGUCGCACCGUUCCUGCUGUGCAGCAGCUCUCGGUGCAGAUGGUCCAGUAGGUAGCGCAUGAACUCGUGGGCGUCCUGCUGCUGGUAUCCUCUGCACACGGCAGAACAAGUCUGAGUCACAUGGCUGGCUGAUGCACUCACCUCGGAUAACCUCACUUAAAGGUCACCUGAAACUUGGCAUGAUUUUCCAUAUCGUAUAAAAUAAAGAGUCUGGGCUGAAGGCAGUCUGGUUCCCCUGCCAGAGGGAACAGAGGGUUUUCCUGAACUCCUCCACCAAAGAUCUGAAAAUUUAAACCCACGGGUGAGAUGAUUAACUGAUUGCAGUGGACAGAAAUUCCUAUAUAUAUAGUUUAUCCAGUAUGUAUAUAUGUGUGUACACACACACACACGUUGGACAAAAUAUGAGACAUGAGAUAUAAAACUUUUCGGUCUUGCUGUCAGCCUAAAUGGCCGCUGGGAGGGGAGGGCCUUACACGCUUGUGUCCCCUUGACUGCGGGUGUGGUACAUCCUUCUUCCUGCCGUCUUACCGCUGCGCAAGGCCACAGCAGGCAGCGCCUUGAAGUAGCAGCUGAAUUGUUCGAUGUUACUGUGGAGGAAGAGCAAGACAAUUCCGGCGUUUACAAAUACACAUACUUACUACAUAGACUAUCUAUUUAAACUGAUGUUUUCUGCUGCACUAUGGAUAUGCCAACCAUAAAUGAAGCCGAAUAAUGCAAGCAGAUAUUUAUAUCCGCAAUAAUGUCGUCCCCCAAAUGAGGAUUCAUAUCUUCACUCCUCACAUUUAUUGAUAAAGUCACCAGUUGUCUUCACCUUCUUGAGUCCAGGUCCUACUCAGAUUAACUGUUUUAAAUCAUAACGCUAAGAAGAAAACGUGUUUUUGAGUUGUAUUAAUUGCCAUGACGCUGGUGGCCAGCAGAGGGCUCCAUAUGUAAUGUAAUGCCCAAGCUUCAGUCACAUGACCAACCAGUACAUGUGGAAAGGAUUCCCCUCUCUCAGUAGACGUUGGUUUGGAUUCUAGCAACUUCCUGGGUAUCAACUACCUUCUUCAUGGGAAAGUGUGGAUUUCUCUUUACAGCUUCAUCACAUGAGCCUUUGGGCCCUGUGGGAAAGCCUUCUUUCAGAAACUCCCUGCUGCCCCUCUUCUCACCUGAGGGACUGCAGGAUGGCGUUCAUGAAGCACGUGUUGCCCAAGUUCCGCAGGCCUGUUGCCCCCAGCACCGCUCCAUCCUGGGAGCAUAGCAGUGGAAGGAACAAGUCAGCAGUGACUCAUUUUAUAGGACACGACACGUAGCAGAAAUGUGUAAGCCAAGAGUUUGUGGAGUAUUAUGAGGUAUAAUUUGAAAUGAAGACUCCUAAUUUGGGGCACUUACGAUGGUUUUUAACAGCUUGUUGUCCAGAUCCGCACAGUCUUGGAGUUUUCUUUUCCUCUGCCUGUCAGCGCUCAGAGCUGAGCUGAAAAAAGAAAGCGUAAAACUCUUUAAGUUGAAUUUUAUUCCAGUAAAACCAGCAUUCACAUGAGCUAUUUAUUUUAAAUUGCUCUAGUCCGGUUAACCAUUUCAGUCAUUUCUCUCUCAAAUUAUUGCAACUAAAAGUUCUUUGAACACAUAAAGUGCUUCAAUUAAUGUGAUGUAUUGAUAUUCAGGUGCAAUUAUUUUCCUAUAAAUCAGAGUAACUGAGACUUACGUUUCCAAACUUUGCAGAUGCUCCCUCACCCUCUGCACAUGUCCAAGUUUGGUGUCGUUGAUCACAAACUCAUCACAUCUGUAGCUGCAAAAUCCAGAAACGUGAGCUGCUUCAGCAGCUGUGUAAGCUGCCACUGAAUCAUUUGAACAAUAAGCCACUUCUAUAACAGCAUGAGUCAUGAAUGAACUGAUGUGUCUGACCAUCAGAAAUGCUUUCUUCCCUUUCAAAAACCUGUUCAGAAUAUAAAGAUUCAAACUCACCAGAAUACGCCGUAGCUGCUGGAGUCCAUGCAGACGCAGUGCUGAGAUUUUUCCUUGUCCGGUUUUCUCGGGCUGCUGCAAGGCCCCUGGCUGUCUUCAAAAUGUUUCUUCGCAUGACCGUUUACGUACCUUAGCAAGCGAGAGGAGGCUUGGGAUUAUACACAGGUGAAGGGUUUUGUUGGUGGGGAAACAGUCAUGGAUAUGAGUUGAAAUCAGAAGCAUAAAGUGAGUUGCUUGAUUCCUGGUGAAAAGAAGGGCCCACAAACUCAUGGGGAUUGCACAUCUCAGAGUGUAUCAUUGAAUUGUGGGGGCAGCUGGAGGUAGACUUAGCCGCAUCAAGUGUCCCCCGCCCAACAAAAGGUAUCAAGUAUUCCAGAUAUGUGCUCCCAAUAGGCGCCUGGCCCGCCUGAACAGUUAGAGCUCCAGGAGAAAGACGGUGGGGGGCAGCAAGUAUCUUAAAAUGAAUGACAUUGCUAGUUUGCAACAGCAACUUGACAGUAAACACAACACGCGCAGAGGCUGCCACACGCCUGAGCUCAUGAGGGAUGAUAUAAGAAAUAAAAGCACCAGGCAUGCAAGGCAGGCAGGUCGAGGUGCACCAAAAAGUGAAGUUAUGUAGUGACCCCACAAAAUGUCCCAUGCCCUUGGUAUAUCCUUUAUCACCUGCUAAGAGUUUAGUCAUGGCCGCUUGUAAGCACCAACAUGAUGCCACUCACUUGUUUACAUUGUAUUUCACACAAUAUAAUGAGCUGAUCUGACAUGACGUUCGGUUUCUUACUUCACAAUUGCCCUGGUGUGUUUGAAUUCUGAACAUGUAGAGUUCUAAACGCGUUUAUCUCCUACUAAAACAAAGCAUAUUUCAACCAGUGGACCAUCUGGUCGUAAGGAAUAGAUGCAACCACUAUAAACGUAAACAGCAAUAAGAUAAUACGGAAAUCAACUCACCGACCACAAUGGACCAGGAGACAGCACCAAGACGACGGAGAACCGUGAGGGAACCUGGAAGGAUCGAUCCCGGAGGUCACGUUUGAGGUGCCAAAUGGACAUACACAGGUCCGGACGGAGAACCCAAUUGGCCCAAGAAGUACCCGUACUGUGGCGGAAGCUUCCAGUCUCCCAUUGACAUCCAAACGGAGCAGCUGAGGUUCGACCCGACGCUGAGAGCCGUUGAGGUCCAGAAUUACGAGCUGUCGCCCGGCGAGCAGCUCACGCUCGGAAACAAUGGACACUCGGUUCAGCUGUCGCUGCCCUCCAAGAUGCACAUCUCCAGUCUCCCUCACCGCUACACUGCAACUCAACUGCACUUCCACUGGGGAAGCUCUGGCAAACCUGCCGGCUCUGAGCACCUGAUCAACAGUCGACAGUAUGCAGCCGAGAUGCAUAUCGUGCACUAUAAUUCGGACAAGUACGCCAACAUGUCCAUGGCGGUGGACAAAUCGGACGGCCUGGCGGUGCUUGGCGUUCUCAUCGAGAUUGGGGAGUUCAACCCUGAAUUUGAGCAGUUUCUCAAGUUCAUCAACGGCAUCAAAUACUCUGGUCAGAAAAUCCAGGUUCCUGGUUUUAACGUCCGAGGUCUGUUGCCGCCACGUUUGGAGGAGUAUUACCGCUACGACGGUUCUCUGACCACUCCUCCCUGCUACCCGAGCGUCCUCUGGACCGUAUUCCGGAACCACGUAACAAUCUCUCGUAAACAGUUCUUGUCCCUCGCAACAGCCCUGUACUCCACCCACCCUCAGGACUCGGCUCCCGUUCCUCUGAAUGGUAACUUCAGGAAACCGCAGCUGGCCGACAGCAGAGUCGUGCUGGUGUCGUUCAAGGACAGCAGCCGAGCCGCCGGUCCUCUCGCUGUCUCGUCUCCUCUCACGAGGAGGAGGGUCAUUCAGCAGCUGCUGGUGGGUGACUUGGCAGACUUGGCCGACGAAGGGCUUUAUCAGCUGCUCCCGAGCGGCUCAGAGAAGCCCGGCCAGAAGAAGGACCUCAAGACCCUAGAGAGCUGGAGCGCAGCCAGAGCCCUGCGGAAGAAGAGUCAGAGCGACCGCUCUGUGGGAAAACUGAAGUUGGCACAAGAGGCUUUAUGCUACGGCGCUCUGGAACAGAAAGUGUUCCUUCAGCUCAAAGCGACUCACAGCGAGAACCAGCUGGCUCAGACGCUCAGAGACCAAGUCUUUCCUGAGCUCAACCUCAGAAGCUACCUGGAGUGCAAGUCCGAGUUAGCCCUUCCCACCAUCCGACACAUUCUGAGAGCACGAAGAACGGACGAGGCUGUGGAGCUGGACCACUCUCUGACCAGAGCUCUGAGGAAUCACAAACCGGCACCCGCGGCAGGAAAGCAUGGAGACGUCUCCCGCACAUACGUGCCCAAGAAGCCUCACAGAUCCACUCAAGUGCAUCCCUGGCUGCUGCCCAUGGAGAGGGAGGACUGAAGACAAGCACAUGAGACGCACAUCCCCUGAUGCCUCAGUCACUGAAGACUGCAUAAAUUAUUGAUAAUAUAUUUAAUAUUUAACGACUUUGAGGUGCACAUAAUCUGAUUAUUUUACAUCCCCUGAAGCCGACAACCGAAUGAGUGAAUCAUUGAAAUUCACAAGCUUUUCCUUCUGGCUUUGAUGAGUGACAAUGCCAAACAAAAAAAGAGUUCAAAGAUCUCAUAUGAUAAAGUCGAUACAACUUGCUACAAGAAUUGAAAAUGCUUUUAGCGACUUAGCUGCUUGGAAACAGGGAACACUUUUCAAUAAAGCAUCACGCUUCAA